AUGAAUUAAUCAGAUUGGUUUUCUAUAGAAGAUGAUCAACUUUUCCAAAAUUCAGAAAUUAGUUAACAGAAUAAAACUUAAACAGAAAUGGAACGAAUUGUGUCUAAAUAUGAUAAAAUAAUCUUGUAAUAAUAAAAUCUAAUUAAAUAUAUUGUUGUUGUAUCAAAAAAUGAGGAUCCUUAAAAAUAAAUAAAUGAAAAAUCUAGAAUUAAAAUAAGAUGUGAAGAAAGAGAUGAAAAAGGUACUAUACUAAAUCCAACUCAAAACCAAAAUAUUUUGAAGAUUUGUUUAGCCUCUAGCAUUCCUCUUAUAAAAGGAUUUCGUUUAGCCCUUCUAUCUAUGAAAGAAGGAGAAAAGGCUUGGUUUAAAAUAUAAGGAGACUUGUUAGAAAAACCAGAUAAUAUUGAAAAUUUUGUAAAAGAUCAAGUAAAAUACUAUAUGAUAUAAGUUGAAGAAGUAAUACAACCACAGUAAUAAUUAGAUGUUACUAAUGUUGAAAAGUAUUUUUGUUAAUCAUAUAUAUAGUCGUGUAAUUUAAUUAGAAAAAUUCAAAUAAGAAGGAAAUAAAUUAUAUUAAAAUGGAGAUUAUGUAGGUGCUGCAUCUAGAUAUUUAAGAGGAAUUAACUUUAUUGAAAAGUGGCCUAAAAAUUUGAACAAAGAGAAAAACUCUGAAGUUAUAAAAGAAGACUUUUAUUUAGUAUUAAUUAGCAAUAGAGCUUAAGCAUUAAUUAAAUUAAAAGAUUAUUAAGAAUGCUAAAAGAUUCUUGAACCUAUUAUGCCUCGUUUAGAAUAGAAAGUAAUUAAAUAAUUUUUAUUAAAAAAGGAAUAUAAAGUAAAGUGUUAUUACAGACUAGUAUUUUGUUUAAUUUAAAUGGAAGAAUAUUAAAAAGCUUAAGAUUAUAUAAAUAUAAUUAAAAGAGAUGAUAAUUAUUUUUAAUAUGAAUCAUUAUUCAAAGAAUUUGAAGAUACUUGUAAUUAGAGUUAAUGA